ACUCUUCUCUCUACUAUCUAUUCCUUCAAGCAAGUUUAUUCCAUUACCCACCUUUUCUUUUCAGCCGACCUACACUAUUCUUUCUGUUACUUACACCUACAAUCGACAGCAAAACACACACACACACAUAUUACCCACGCUAUGAAUCUUCACGUCAACUUUGCGAGCCACGGACACGAUCUCAAGGACGCAUACGAGGCCAUUAUCAGACCGUCAGACCCCAAGAACGGCGACAACUGGGCCCUAUUCGGGUACGACAAGGGCUCGAAUGAUCUCACGGUCCUCGAAAGAGGCAACGGUGGACUUGAGGAGCUGCAGGAUGAAUUCGUAGACGGCAAGAUUCAGUAUGCGUUCGUGAGGAUUGCCGAUCCUAAUUCGCAACUGAAUAAGUUCGUCUUAAUUGCCUGGUGUGGCGACGGCGUCCCCGAGUCCAAGAAGGGACUCUUCAACUCUCAUCUGGCAGAUGUCUCUCGGUUCCUCAAGGGCUACCAUUUGCAGAUCAAUGCUCGUUGUGAGGCCGAUGUCACCCCGGCACAGAUCAUGAAGAGGGUCCAGGAAGGCUCAGGCUCAAAGUACUCGACCCACCAGGAGAACUAUCAGCAGGAGCGUAUCCAACCGUUGCAGUCUGCCUACAAGAAGACAGAGAUCCCAGACAUUGCUACUCUUCAGCGCAAUCCUACCAAACCCGAAUCUGCCCCUAAGUAUAACAUUGGUGGCACGAAACCAUUGUUCGUCUCCGCAGCGGCAGCGUCCCUGUCAAGAUCAGGGCUGUCAAGCCCAUCCAGGACCCAAGGCCGCGUCUGGCCUCCUGUACAAACAGCGCCUUCCCCCUCAACCACGCCUUCUGAAACGGUCUCAUCUCCCUCGUCGAAACCGGCAUCCGAGAGACCCUGGAAGGUCUCUGGAGGCGGAUCAUCCUAUUCUACGGCGUCUACAACAGCAUCCUUCAAGGUCCAACCGCCGAGCUCAUUGACGUCAUACGCUCAACCCAAACCGGAACCUGCUGUCAACAAGGCACAUCAGAUCCGAAUGGAGCGGGAAGCACGCGAAAAGGAAGAGAGGGAGAGGGUCAAACGUGAGAUUGCGGCCAGUGAAGCGCGCGAGAGACAGGUCGAGAGCUCGUCCGGUGCUUCAAAGGUCGCCGAAGAGAGGCGACUGCAGGAGGAACGAGAGAGACAACAGGAGCGUGAGAGGAUGCCAGCGCAGGGCGAGGUGCCGCGUAGCCAGGGAUUCAAUCGCGUUCGGGAGGAUCAAUUUGCUCGUGAGAAGGAGGACCAAGAGUUAGCGGAAGCUGGAGGUGGAGCUCGGGCUGCGCGUGAGGCGGCUAUGGCUCGCGAAAAGAACGCGAUUCAGCAGCAGACCACGUCCUGGAAGGAGGAGGAGCAGAGGCGGCAGCAGCAAGAGCAGCAGCAGAAGCGCGAGCGUGAGGCCAAGGAAUCGGAAGAACGUCAACGGAAUCAACGUGAAGAGGAAGCGCGCAGACGUCAUGAGGAAGAGGAAGAAGAGAGACAUCUCAAUCUGGGGCAGGAGGAAGAAGAGGUGCCACAGCAUCAGUUCGUGCAUAAACAGGUCGAGGAGCAUCAUCAUCAGCAAGAAGAGGAGAGGGAAAAGGUUCAGGAGCACACGAAACAGCUGGAGGAAGAAGUCAGUGCGGCGACUGCGCAGUCUGUCGCACUGGGCGCCGAUGCCUUGCUUGCGUCGGCCGACCAUCCAGAGCUCGCUACUGCGGGAUCUGUCUCAGCCAUUGUUCUAUUUUCGUACGAGAAGGCCGACGAGAACGAGAUGUCGUUGUUUGAAGGUGAGAUCAUUAGGAAUGUGACAGAGCUGGACGUCGGCUGGUGGAGCGGUGAGAGUGAGGAUGGACUUCGGUCGGGUUUGUUCCCUGCCAACUAUGUGGAAGUCAUUGAACACGCCCAUGAACAUGCUACUGCGCCCAGUGCAAAGACUGCCGAAACAACGCACGGACAUGAGCAACACUAUCAACAGCAGGGCCAGGACUAUGAUGACAAUGUCCACGAACAGCAUGUUGCCUCUGAGCACCACGAUGUUCAUCGCGAGGCUGCUGGCGCUGGAGCUAAGGGCAAGAAGCCCUCCGCUACGGCCUUGUACGACUACCAAGCUACAGAACCCAACGAAGUCUCGUUUGUCGAAGGCGAGGCUAUUGUUGAUAUCGAUUUUGUCAGCGACGACUGGUGGAACGGCAAAACCGAGACUGGUACUACUGGACUCUUUCCAGCAAACUACGUCGAGAUCAUCCCUUAUUGAGUCUAUCAUAACGAUUUCCUAUAAAGCACAUUUGCAUAUAUUUUUUUCAUGAAA